AUGUCCAUGUUUGGGACGACGAUCUUUUAUCACCAUGACCUCCUGAAAGUACCACACGCAAAUGGGCGGAGAGAAAUUGACAUUGCUUUUGAAAAUGAAGACUUGGGGCCUACCAUUGUAUCCAUCUCAGUAGCUGUCUACAGCUGCUGUACCAUUUUCGUGCUCACAAGGAUCCUGUUACGGCUGCGUCUACUGACGAAACCCACUUCCGACGAUUAUCUUACAGUCAUGGCUUUGGUAUUUGGCUGGAUAGGGGCUGCCUUCGCUGUGGUCGCCGUUCAAGAUGGUCUGGGCCGGCAUGUCACGAAUUUGCCACCCACGAAAGCUCAUCACGCCGUGCUGUGGUCCAUGAUUGGAUUUUGUUUCACAUUGUUAUCGAUCGCAUUACCCAAAGUGGCCGUUGUGGCGCUCCUGAUCCGCCUGAUGAGCCCCUCAAGGAUCCAUCGACAUCUCCUUUGGUGCCUUGCUGGGCUAUGUUCCCUCGUGCUUAUAGGGCACGUCCCUAUAAUAUGGACACUUUGCAACACAGAUUCCGGCUGCUGGAACGCCAAUAUCUUCCUGGUCUACUCCAUAUUUGCCGGAACAUACUCGGCUUUUGUAGACAUAUACCUUUCUGUGUACCCAGCGGUCGUCCUUUUCAAACUUAAGAUGAAAAGGAAGAAGAAAGUCGGCAUCAGCCUAGCGCUUGGAAUGAAGUCCCUAGAUGCCAUAUUCGCCGUCUUGCGAACCAUAAGUAUGCCUGGCAUGGCUAGCCAGGACAUUACUUUCGAUUCAUCGAUGCUCACGAUAUGGGGAAGUGCGCAGUCGAGCGCAAGUGAGCAUAACAGGACCGACUCUCACUGGCAACGAUUGGAUGAUGAUGCCGAUGCAGCCAGCGACGCACAACCAGGCUUUGAAAGGUGUCUCGGCCUGACAGAUAUGGAGGAAGACAAAUUGAUGAUAUGGAACUAUGGUCGACUGAGUGUAGCUCCGUGGUACGAUGAGGUCAUCAUCCCGAGUGAUGGUGCUUCGCCAAACCUGCCGGAGAUACCGGCUCACGUACACACUCGGCGGGUCUAUCCUGAGACCUACCCGUGA